GUGACCGGUACGUCAGAAACAUGUGUAGAGAACUGUCAAGAAGAGGGAUAAUGUUGACAAAACUUUUUCGACUUUUAUUAUGAAUGAAACAGACAAGAAUGUGACGAAAUUGUUGAAGUUAUUACAACCGUGCUGCACUAUUAGAUGACGACAAUUGGGAUUUGUUAUGCAGCCGAAGAGGAACAAAAAUGUAAGCAGAAACAGGAACUCUCGCUCGUCCAUUAGGAGCAGGUGUCUUGUGAUAAAAUAGUGACUGGAAUUCUGGAAUUUUUUUUUAUCUAAACUUGUUUAGUUAUGUUGAGGAAAUAUUUUCUUUUCAUGUGAGGAAUUAUUCAAUAGGAUUAUAGUGCACCACAAAAAAAGGGAGAGAAAAAUGAGGGAAAUUUAAUGAUAAGUUUGGAAAUACUUCGUUAGCGAGGAUGUCGGCUUUAGAGAAGAAUAGGCUGAAGUGUUUAAAUGGUGCUCUUCCCGAAAGUUGGGAGGCCAAGCUGGUUUCUGAUGAAGGCAGAAUUUACUAUCUAGAUCACAAGACACAGUCAUCGUCAUGGUUACCCCCAAGAGAGAACUGGGAUCCAGGCAGCAUGGGGCUUCCAUAUGGAUGGGAAGGGGCUGUUGACAAAAAUAAGAAGCCAUAUUUUAUCAAUCAUGUUGAAAAUUUCACAAGCCGUGAUGACCCAAGAGAUGACCCUGAUUAUAUUGAGCCACCGAAACCCCGUGAAGUAGAGCUUGUUAGGGAUGCUCAGAAAGGUUUUGGGUUUGUUGCUGGCAGCGAGAAGCCAGUUGUUGUCCGUUUUGUCACCGAAGGAGGUCCCAGUGUUGACAAGCUGUUGCCUGGAGACCAGAUUAUCAAAAUAAAUGGUCAAGAUGUGAAGAAAGCUCCAAGAGAAUUUGUUAUAGAUUUAGUCAGGUCAUGUAAGCAGUCAAUAACUCUAUCAGUGUGUCAACCAUACAAUGAUAAUAAUGUAGGUUGGCUGGAAAUGUUACGUGACAUAAUGGCAGAUACAGAUGAGUCAUCUAGAAAAUCUGCGUUACUGACCGCUGCAAAGAAGGAUAGGUUGAAGAAGAAUCCGUCUAGAGUGAGGUUUGCUGAGGAAAUUAUAGUCAACGGUGCUUCUGUACCAUCUAAUUCCCCAGAGGAGAGUUAUGUCCCUUUUAUGCCAAAUGUGCUCAAAGUGUUCUUAGAAAAUGGCCAAACCAAGUCUUUCAAAUAUGACAACAAAACAACAGUCAAGGAUGUAGUGAAUUCGUUACAAGAGAAACUGAAUAUUAAAUGUAUACAGCAUUUUAAUCUCGUGCUUCACAACAUGAAAUCUCAUAUGCCAGGCCGAAUGACCUUGCUUCAAGAUCAUGAAACAGUCUCAGAGAUUGCAAGUCGUCCUGGGUCGAGACAUUUCCGCUGUUUGUUUCGAGUUGCUUACGUACCGAAAGAUUCUUACGAUCUUCUGAAGCAAGAUCCGAUAGCAUUUGAAUACUUCUAUAUGCAAUGUGUAAAUGAUGUGCUACAGGACAGGUUUGCAUCAGAAUUGAAAACUGACAUAUUACUACGCCUUGCAGCGUUACAUAUUCAACAACAUGCAAUGAGUAACAAUAUGACUGGAAAAAUCAACAUAAAAACUGUAGAGAAAGAGUUUGGAUUUGAGAAAUUCGUAUCACAGAGUAUACGAGAGAACAUGAAGGUGAAAGAUUUGAGAAAGAUUCUCGCCCAGUGCAUGAAAAUGAAUCAGAAUUUGACGGCACCUGGCCAGAAACAGCUGACUGCUCUACAGGCCAAACUGCACUACAUGAAGAUUGUUAGUGAGCUGAAGACAUUUGGUAGCCGAGUCUUCAUGGUUACGUUGUUGGACAAGAAAACGGAAGCAAUGGUACUGGUUGGUCCUAAGUCAGGUGUGAGUCUAGUCACGAAUGUCAGGUUUUAUACGUUGUCAAUGUUGGCAGACUUUAGUGAGAUACAGUGUAUCAAAGUGGCCAAGGACAAAGAUAACAUGCAUAGGGUAGAGCUUUCUGUCAAGGGAGAUGAACCUGGGCUUACAGAAGUUUUGAAGAACCUAAUUCAGAACAAUAAUAUUGAAAAACAGAAGACAUUAAAUCUUGGUCUAUUGAAAGAGGAUGCCAUGAAUUUUGUGAGUAUGGUGAACGGAUACUACAAGAUAUUUGUAGAUCCCAAUGGUAGCCUGGUGCAGAAAAAUGCCGGAGGGCAAAGCAAUGAUCCGGACAUUCCAGCAUAUGAGUGUAAGCACACAGUGUUUGCUGCUCCAUGGAGUUACCCUGAUGACAUUGUUUCCAUGACAAUAGAUGAGGAAGAUAAUCAGGGGGAAGAGGGAGAGAAUGAACGUGUUGUGGAUUUAUCCAGGGGUCCACCUGGUUAUGAGGGCAACAAAGAGUUUAUCAGUAAACUGAAGCAGGAUCUCGGCAUCAAGUCAGAGCAAAAAGUUAAUGAAGCUACAGAAGUUGAUGGAGUGAAACAAAUUACUGUUCCACCAUCAGAUCAGAAACCGUCAGUCAGAGUAACUUCCCCUGUCAGGGAACCAAUGAAAACUGUGAUAAAAAUAGAAUCUCCAAGGCCUGCAGAGGCUGUGCAGAAGCCAGAUAAAAAGGAUUCAGAGUCUAUUUCUAGUGAUACCUCCAGUAGUAUGACCUCUGAUACUGACUCGUCACCAAUGGAGACCAAACAUAAACCUAAUUUUAUUUCACAAGAUAGAAAAAGGCAAAGACAGUCUGCAGGUCACGAAGAAGAGGAAGCAAAUUCUCGUAGAUUUAAAAUAGAUUCUCAGAAGAUAAAUGGUCAGUAUUCAGGAAAUAGUGACACACAGUAUGCUGAGUACAUGAAUACUGGUAAAAACAGGAAACUUGACAUUGGUGGAAAUAAUUCGGACACAGAUAGUGGUGUAGGUGGAGAGGGAGAUAGAAAUCUAUCUAGUUUACAAGACAGUAUACAAGAUCAGAGGAGGAGCAAUGGAAAAGAGGAGGAGCAUGAUGAAUGGGAUACACCCCCGGGUACUCCCACAGAUGCCCUGCAAUCAGGUAGAUUAGAACUUGCCAGGCACUCUGAGCUUCAGUUAGACCUCAGUAGCUUGAUAGAUCCGUCCUAUAAUUCAGCAACUGCACCAGAAUCGCCAAGUUCUUCUGCAUCUCUGCCAGAUGUAGACAGUAGCUUUGCUGGCCCAUUUGACCCAGACCAGUUACCAUUGGAGAUUCAGAAUGCCAUGUAUGACCCGAGAAUGUUUGCCAACAAUGAGAUAUAUAUAGAUCCAGAUAUUAUUGAUUUAACAUUACUACCUCCUUUCCCUCCUACUGAAGAAGAAGUCUCAUCUAGUCAGCAACAAAAUGGUCAUCCAAAACUACACCGAAUGGCAACUGUGUCCGGGGAUGGUUCACCUGGGCCCUCAAGCCUACAGAGUCAUCAAAGGUCCCCAGUUCAAAAGUCAGUCAGUGUUGGACAUUGUCCCGAUUUUCUUGAUGAUGAUAUUGACGCUAUUAUUGACAAACUUACUUUACAACCCCCACCCACAUCAGAUGCCAAAGACAUGCAGGAAUCUGCUGAUCCUGAUAAGCUGGGUACCAGCUGGAAUGGACCAAUGAGAGGGCAGGAAAAUGGUGGGAUGGAAUUUGAAAAUGCAGGAUUGAGUAAGACAAUAGAUCUUGGUUGUUUAGCAUUAGAUGAACAGUAUUCUUCCUUAGUUAUACCACCUCCUCCUGAUGAAUCUUACGCGGUUCAAGAUAUAGCUAUUGUUCCUCCUAUAGAGUCUGUGAAAGAAAAAAGAAAACUGUUUGAAAAAUCUGAUUCAAAAGGAUACUUGCAGGCAUUUGCAAAGCAGGUAUCUAGUGAUGGUAAAAAUUUAUCAGUAUCUAAGGAGAAUAAAAACAAUGCUUUUUCGCAAGGAAAUGGAAAUGUUGAAACAGAUGCAACACAAAAUGACAACUCUCCUGCAUCUGUAUCAGAAAAACUAAAUGCUUUACUUAAGUCACUGUCUUCUAGCAAUCAAGAAGAAGAAGAAUCACUUGGACAUUUUCGACGAACUUCCUCAUUAAGACUUGGUCGAAGUUCAUCUGUUGAUGUGCUUAAUUCUGUGCAAAAUGAGGAGGUGAGUAAAAACAGUGAUUUGGUCGUCGGCUCAGUGAGGGUUAAACCUAGACUGAGACCAAAACUGAGUAUAGAAAGACCUGCUGAGAAGGGGCAUGUAUCAAUACCUCUGAAAACUUCUUCUUUAGAAAGAGUGGAGAGUGUUAGAGUUGAAGAGAAUGAUACACGAUCCAACUUUGAUAGUGCAAGUAGUUUGAAAUUCCAAAGAACACAUUCCUGUGAUGUUUUGCCUACGGACAAAAAUGACAAGUCUUCGAGUGAUAGUGAAACUGCAGUUAGUGAAAGUUUUGCAUCAUUGAAAGCAAAACUUCAGUCAUAUAGGGAUAGUUUACUAAACAGAAGCCUGAGGCGGAAAAAGAAACUGGCUGGCAACAAAGAUGAUCCAGAUAGGAUAUCUCUUGAUGGAGAUAUUGGUGAACGUAAAAGUUCUCUCACUCGAUCUAAUUCAUUCUCAUCAUUGAUAAGAAGGUCAUUAGGACGAGCUGCAGGCCGAGAAUUUCAGAAAGCUGCAGAAGGUAGAUCAUCAUCUGCCACUCGUGCUGGUAGUACUGGAGGGUCAGAUGAAAAGACAGAUGGUAAAGAAAGCCAUGUGAUGAAGGAUAAAAAGUACUGGAAUACAUUAACCACACCAAGGUCAAAUUUCCGACCAAAUACAGGUUCUUCACAAUCUCAGGAUGAUUUCUUUAUUGAUCUAUCUGAUGAAAUGCGUUAUACAUUUCCACUUAAAGUCAAGGAGAUAUUUGAGCGUAAACCCCCACUUCCAUCUACGUUGCCACCAGCAGAUAAGGGGGAGACCAAAAAGCAGAAAUCUGGACCAAUAAAAGCGUUGUCUAGUGUGUUCGAUUCUCCUAAAGCGAAUGAAAGUCUAUCUGUUCCAAAGUCCCAUAAAAGAGAAAAGUCACCAAAACGUAUGGCUCCACAAGCUCCAGCCUCUGCUGUCCAAAAUACAACUGCAACCUCCACCACGUCAUCUGUGAUGUCUUCUGCAACAUCGGUUAUGUCGUCAGCGACAUCAUCGUCCGUGACAUCUUCAAAGAUAUCUGCAAGAUCAAAAGUAGAAACGCUUGCUUCUGGUUUGACCAAACCAUUGACGAUUCCAACAGCACCACCAAGACGUAAAAAUGGACAGGGUGUAAGAGCACAAUCGCCCAUGUUGGAUCAAAAGAGUAAAGACGAUUCAGUGAUAAACACAGAGUCUGCAUCUAAAUCAGAUGUAAAGACAAGUCCUUUUGCAACUGUUGGGAAAAUGUGGCGACCCAUGUCCAUGACUACUAGUGCAUCAAAUGAUCAUGAGGAGACUUAUCAGAGCUAUAAUAACUUUGAUGUUUUGAGAGACAUGACAAGUGAACGGAUGCAGAUUCCAGCAAAUACUGGUACAGGAACGUCAAAGGUUAAUGGACAUGUGUCAAAAGGUGUUCCGACUUCAUCCAAUACAUUACCAGUUGGUAAAGGGAAGUCAUCUGUUGUUUCAAAAGAUGGAAAGACAGUUUCAGAAAAAAGUUUUGCAUUGUUGCGAGAAAAAGUAAGUGCCAAUCAUUCCAAUAUGGUUAAACAAGUUCUUGACACUGUUUAUACGUCGGAAGAUUUCGUUCAAGCCACAAAUGAUGUGGAUAGAUUACUUAAUGAAUUGAAACAAACUAUGGAAUCUCUGAAAUCCUCCAGGAUUGAUAAGAAACCUUUACAAUUCAAUAUGUGCAAGGAUGAAUUACAGGCUCAGGUACGGCAGUUUGUUACGGAUGCCAAAUUACUUGUAAGUAACGCAACUCAAUCAAAAGCCAAAUUAGCAGUAAACAUGGACGGUAGCAUGCACUCGUUAGCAAAGAUUUUUCUCCAUGGGCAGGCAACAAUGUUUAUGAUGGAAGCAAUACAUCAAGCUCAGCAUUUAGGGUCAGAGGUUAUACGAGUGGCUAAUGCUUAUAAGAGCACACUAAAUGCUGCACAUGCUGCUGUUGGGAAACCACUUUCUGAUCCGCAUAUGAAAUACUUGAUGAGGCAAGCCACAAAUCUGGCUUCCUUAUUAAGCACGUUACUGAAAAGUUUGAAAACCCUUGAACAAAAAUAACUAAAGAAAACACUGAUUUACUCAUAUACAAACAAAUUGUUUGUUAUGUUAUUGUCAGUCAAGUUAUAGAAACAACGAAAUAGAAAAGUAUAACAAGGAAAUUGAAGCAAUAUUAUACUACAAAGAAGAAAUAUAGUCUUCCGAAAUUUGUUUAACUUUAUAACAUGUAUUUAUGGAGAAUGUAGUAAUGCAUGGAGCAUGUCUCUCUGAAAGAGACAGUAAACAACACACCUUGUGUUUUAGGUAACCAAGUGCCAAAAUAUAUAGCUUGGCAUCAUGGUGAGUUUUAACUCGUAUUAAUUUAUACAUUAUUUACACUUACUGUAGAGCAUUAUUACAAGAAAUAAGGAAUCGUGGUUAAUGCAUCAUCCAUGUUUUUGUCCGUCCACUUAUAUGUUCAUUUUCAGUGGAAAACUACAAACCAUUUUAAAUUUAAAUUUAGCGUAAUUUUCAUGAUAGUCUACCCAUUAUUUGUAUUGGAAAACAACAAUUUAACAAACAUUACAGCUCUUUAAAACAAUACUUUGUGAUAGGCUUUGUUUGGAAUAACCAUGGUUCCUGUUAAAGGUAACAAAAACUGUAAGAAGGAAAAUGCGAACAUUUAAUUUUUAAAAGAGCAACUACGAUUCAAUAGCAUCAAAGAAAUUUUAUUCUAUACAGCAUUAGCCUGCAAUUUGCAUGAGCAGAACUUGCAUACUUCUUGAAUUGUGCAUGUUAUUAUUGAUCAAACUUUGCACUUAAAUGUGUUUAUAAUAUUACAUAAUUGUUACUGGUAAUCUAUUAUGCAAAGGUUCCUUACUUUUGACUUUUAAUAAUCAGAUAAAUAGCAAAAAAAAGAAGAAUUUACUGAUGUAUUUUGAGCAUAACGUCUGUUUUGUUACUUGUUUAAUUAAUAGGAACUUUCUGAUAAGUUAAAUAAUUUGAAUGACAGUAGGUUAGCAUGUUUUAAAAUAUUUCGUCCAUUAGCCAGAAAAGAUAAAAAUGUAGUAUAGGUGAAGUGCAAGUAGUUAGCGACAGUAAUGGACACGAUUUGUGUUUUGUUGAUCAAUAUAUUUGGAAUAUUUUAUCUAUAUUUUUUUUGUAAGAUUGAAAAAUACAAUGUCAUUUUCGUAGGCAAAAGGUCAUUAAAUAAUCGAUUUGACACCUUAGUAAAUUUAACUCAUUUUGUUUCAAAGAAGAUCUUGGUAGACAGUUAAACUCGGAUUAAAUGUGUACUCAUACAUUAACGAGCCUGAAAUAUUUUCAUGUUUUUAUCUUUAUAUUUUAAUGUAUUGGGUUAAUUUAACAGAUACAUGUAUAGAUGAAUAAUUAAGAAGUAAAAGGAUAUAAAGAUAUAUUUAUGCUUGUGUUUUCAAAAGAUUGAUUUUUAACCAUCCCAUUUUAAACACCUGUAAUGAAACAUAAUUUCAAUUGUUGUUGUUUUUUUUGUUUCACAGAAUUUUUUUCACAGGAGUAAAAAAAGAAAAACAGGAAAGGAGUAAGGAAUUGUCUGUAUCAUAGAGACGUUUGUGAUCAUUGUUAUGUAGGAGCUUGUUAGAUAGACGCUUGUUAUCAUCUAUUUAUAAAGUUACGUAGUUUAUACAUUCCACUAAUUUACGGAAACGUUAAUGAGAUUUGCAUAUUUUCUGUGAUGUUUUGUAUUUGUUGUUUUUUUUUUCAUCUUUCAAAAUGUGCUUUGUUACUGAUUUAUGUUUUUAUAUACAUUUGUACAUUGUUUAUAAUCGACCGUCUUGGACACUAUUUAUUUCAAUAUGCCAGUUCUUUUUUAUUCUUUGAAUUUAUAUUUUGAAUUAGUCUACAGUUGGCACAUUUUCCAUUAAUAUUUCAAAUACCGAUAAAGACAAUAUAUAUGUAUCAUUCGAAUUAAUAUUCUUUUAAAAUAUCUCUUGAAAAAUGUUGAUAGAAUUUUAAUAGAGCACUGUGCCUGUGGUUUUUGCUACUAAAUACAAUUAAAGGGACUCCACUGAGGUUUGAAAGCCUAAAAACAUAAAAUUUCUUACUAAAAUGAGCUGGGGCAGCCACUUUAAACAGAAAUAUAUGCAAAGCUAGUUAAGAAAUAUACUUUGAAAUAAAUUGAAAAUCGUAUUUUUUAUGCUUUUCUUAGCCCGAUUUGAGUGAAAAGUGUUUAAAAGCUUUUCAUUUUGGGUCAUUUUUUUCAAUUUGAAUAAUUUUUCUGGAAAAACAAAGUGCGCGAAUGAUCUGAAAUUUGCACUAAGAUAAGUGGUCUAAACCUACAUCAAAUGGUACAUUUAUCUAGAAAAAAUAUUUUCAGUCCCAACAAGUCAAAAAAACUCAGUGGAGUCCCUUUAAUAUAUU